AUGGUGUCGGGAUCAUUAAGCAACUUUUCUUCCGCAGUCAACAAAACUGCAGGAUCUGCAAAUGCAUUAUGUGAACUUGUAGAAAAGUCUCAAGACUUUCUGAUUCGUAAUGUUCACUCAUUAGACUUUAUUUUGGAUGACUUUGAUAUUGUUAAAUUCGGGAUUUUACAUGCAGCUGUAAUACAUGCCAAAUAUAUUUCACAGUCAGUUGUUGAUAAAGAGUGGCUAGUAAUCCAAACUCAAAACCUCUUCAAUCUCUGUAACGCGGAGUCUUUGCAAAAAAUUCCAUCUUAUGUCCGUGUAAUUUCACAUGAAUUUACGAACUGCCUGAUUAAUAUGGGAAUUCCACACAAGGGAAUUAGUUGUAUACUCACUGCUAUUCACAAACUUCAGAAAUGUCCGGGAUAUCUUACUCCACUGCACUGUGAUCUAUGCCAGCUUGGAUUAGCUGCUAAAAUGUUUAGUCCCACUCUUCCAAUUCUCGAUAUCGACAUUUUAGAAAUUGAUAAAAGCAGUACAGCCCUUGAAGCUAAAGAUUAUCUCCUAUACUUUUACUAUGGAGGGAUGAUUUAUGGCGCAGUAAAAAAUUGGGUAAGAAGCCUACACUUCUUUGAAUUGUGUUUAAUUAUCCCUGCCGUAUCAUCAAGCUGUAUUCUGAUUGAAGCUGCAAAAAAGAUAAUAUUAAUCUCCUUGAUAUUACAUGGGAAAUUCAGUACAGUUCUUGAAACUCCGGUUGCAUAUUUCAUGUCUCCAAGGCCUUGGAAAUGCUACUGUCAACCAUAUUUAGAACUAGCAACAGCAUUUCGAUCUAACAAUCCUGAGGACUUAACUAAUUUUGUCGAUCUUCAUCGAGAAUUAUUCACAGCUGAUUUCAACUUCGGACUUGUAAAACAAGUGAUAAAGUGCCAUGGAAAAUUUCGUAUCCAGAGCUUAACAAAAACUUUUAUGACACUAUCCCUGACCGAUGUUGCCAUGCGUAUAAAACUUUCGGGAACCCAAGAAGCGGAGAAACAGAUCUUAGAUAUGAUUAAUUCAAAAGCAAUUUUUGCUAACAUUGAUCAACAAAAUGGGACUGUUCAUUUCCUAGAUGAUCCCGAGCAGUAUGACUCGAUCAAAAUGCUUCGAAUUCUUCAGGAAAAAAUAACAGAAUGUGCGAAUUUGGAGAAGCAUUUUAUGCAGUUAACUGACCGGCUAGUGACAAAUCCAAACUAUGCUAAACGAAUGAUCGAGCUGGAAACCAAGGCAGCGAAAUCUGCGGGCCAGUAUUGA